ACAAUGACAUCGUGCCACCGGCAGCUAUUGGAGCCCGCCCGUAGGAGCGCCGUGGUUCUGCUAACUCUAGGUCCGUGCCCUGUUCACGAUGUCUGUGAACGCGCUAACCUCCAUUGCAGAUUUUGAGAAGUCUGCGCACGAGAAGCUGCCGGACUUUGCCUGGUCAUACUAUAGUCGUACUUCAGACGCCGGGCAAACGUACCUAGAUAACACCGAGGCCUUCCGACGGUACCGCCUCAUCCCACGGAACCUCCGUGACGUCUCCAUCCGGGACACCUCGGUAACGGUGCUGGGGUCCAACCUAGCCAUCCCAGUAGCCAUUGCGCCAACUGCCUUGCACCGAUUCGCUCAUCCUGACGCGGAGUUGGCGACUGCCAAGGGCGCCGCCGCCAUGAAAACAGAGAUGGUGCUGGGUUCCUGGUCUAACCACUCCCUUGAGGAGGUUGCUGAAGCGACUCCUCGCGGGAUCCACUGGUUCUACAUGCCGUUCUACAAAGACCGUAACCACAUGAAACGUUUGCUGGACCGGGCAGAGCGUGCGGGAUAUAGCGCCAUAUUCCUCACCAUUGACCAACCCAUCAACCUAUUUUCUACUGGCGGGUCUGCCCCAAGAUCUUUCCCGUUUCCUCUUAGGUUUCCGAACGUCUUUGACGAAGAACCGCCCCAUGCCAUCGGUACUGCGGAGUACCGACAGUGUUUGAGAGAUGCAGUAAAGGAACCGGCGACGUGGGAGGACGUGGAGUGGGUCAGGGAGAACACCAGGCUGCCUGUCGUCUUGAAGGGGAUCCUCUCAGCGGACGACGCCAAGAUGGCUGUGGAACGUGGAGUGAACGGCAUCUAUGUGUCUAACCACGGUGGGAGAGAACUGGACGGUGUGCCGGCAACUAUAGACGUCCUGCCCAACAUCGUCCGUGCUGUGGACGGUAAGGCGGAGGUUUACCUGGACGGAGGGGUCCGGACUGGGACGGACGUGCUGAAGGCCUUGGCGCUGGGGGCCAGAUGUGUGUUCAUCGGCAGGCCCGCACUCUGGGGUCUGGCACAUAACGGGGAAGAAGGAGUCCAGCAAGUUCUACAGAUUCUGACAGAUGAACUCAGCCUGGCCAUGGCCAGGGCAGGUUGUUCCAAGAUAUCUGACAUCCAGCCGUCACUUGUUGUGCACCAGUCGUAUUAUGGCGUACCAGCUGUUAAAGUAGUGCCGAAGUCUAGAUAUUAGCUAAUAGGACAAGUGAGUACCUCUGCAUAAG